ACAUCUGUUCGCUAAGAAUAUGCAUGGAGAUCAUUUUGCUCCUCUUAUUAUUAUCUUCAACCUCUUAACUUUCUCAAAGUUUCCACUUAAUGUGUGAUCUCUCUUGAGGACUUCAUCUUCUAUGGGCUUCGACAGUAUGCGAAGAAUUCUUCUUGCUUUUUUAUUCUUUACUCAGUGUCUCCACGACUUUGUUCAAGGAGCACCGCAAGUUCCUUGUUACUUCAUCUUCGGGGACUCACUCGCCGACUGUGGCAAUAAUAACAACCUCAAUACACUAGCCCGACCGAAUUACUAUCCUUAUGGACUGGACUUUCCUAAGGGUCCUACUGGGCGGUUCACCAAUGGACGCACCGUUGCCGAUGUUAUAGGUGAACUUUUGGGCUUUGAUCACUUCAUUCCACCUUUUACGAAUUUAACGGGAGCAGACGUACGAAAGGGAGUGAAUUAUGCAUCAUCUGCAUCAGGAAUUCGGGAUGAAACCGGGAUGCAACAGGGUGAGAGAGUGAGCUUGAAUGAGCAACUGAAGAAUCACUUCAGCAUAGUCUCCCAAAUCAUCAGCAUUUCUUCGAACGAAUCUGCAGCAAAAGGGCACUUAGAAAAAUGCAUAUACAUAGUUAUAACUGGAAAUAAUGACUACAUGAAUAACUAUUUCAUGCCUGAAUUCUAUCCAACCAGUAAAGAGUAUACUCCUCAACAGUAUGCGGACGUGCUUGUGAAGCAGUACUCUGAGCAACUCAAGCGUCUAUACUCCUAUGGAGCAAGAAAGGUGGCUAUAUUUGGUGUUGGGCUGAUAGGACAAGUCCCAGAAAUGAAGAAUAGAUUUGGUGCAAACUCUUCGAUGGUGGACGAUGCGGCUCAACUAUUCAGCAACAAGUUGCUACCCCUUGUCAAUGACUUGAACAGACAAUUAACUUGUGCCAAGUUCACUUACAUAGAUACCACCGCGAUCACCAUCACGAGCGCCCCUUUAUUAGCUUUUCUGCAUCCUCGAGAUACCUGCUGCGAGCUGGUGAAAAAUCUGGGCAUCUGCAUUGAAGGUCGCCCACCUUGCCCUCUUCGAGGAUUGUAUGCAUACUUUGAUGGAUUCCAUCCUACGGAAGUGGUGAAUAAAGCCUUUGCGACAAGAGCAUACGACAGGCUUUUACCAUCAGAUGCUUCUCCUUAUGGCAUCAAACAACUCGCGCAGCUCCCAUAAUUAAUUCAAGGCUACAUCAAAUAUUAGUUGUAGAACAUUCCUUUAAUUAAAAGUAAGUCUGUUCCUUCAUACCAGGCAAAAUAAGUCAUCUGGGUCGACAAAAAUCGGCUGGCAUGGUUCACAUUAAUUGUUUUAGCUAUCAAGUGUGGCUCGAUUUGAGCUAUUAAAUUUAUUUGUGUGUAACAAUCAUCUAAUGAAUAUCACGUUUGAAUGUAAUCUAAAGAGAACAUGUUUGGGGUCGUA